AUGUCACAACCGAAUACCCCUAGUGAGGGCGUUCAGGAUUCUUCUUCUAGCAUAAACGCAGCAGCACAAGCUUACCAACAGCAACAGCAACAGCAGCAACCGCCAACGCCCAGCGCAGCAAUGCCAGACUCAAUCCGCGAUGUUGUGAUGAGUGAUAGCACUCCCGACCGCCCUGCUUCACCGGCAAUCGCGACGGGCGCAACGAACGUACCCUCGCCCGUGCCCGUGCCAGCGCGAAUUGGCACACCAUCGCGCAACACAAACGGAGAUGCUACCUCUCGAGCUACGUCUCAGCAUCCUGAUCCUGCGCCUACGAUUCCAAAGGAAGCUCCUCCGCAUGGUGCGCCCACGAGACAGUAUUUGAAUGGCAAGGUUACGGGGGUGUUGCUGGAUGGAAUGAAGCAACUGGCCAAGGAACAACCAAAGGACCCUUUGCGCGUGCUGGGAGAAUAUCUUUUGCAGAGAUCGAGAGAAUUAGAAGGGUCAUAA